AAUAUUGAAAGCAGUCACAACUGCAGUGAGACUAUCAGUCCCAGAGCUUUAACACUGCAACACAAAGCCCAUUUGACCUAAAAAUGAGCAAACAGUCUUUUCUAGUAAAUGUGGACGACUGGAUAGCAGAGAACCAAAAUGCUUUUCUGCCACCAGUGUGCAACAAGCUCAUGCACUUUUCCCAGUUACAGAUCAUGUUUGUUGGAGGUCCCAAUACCAGGAAGGAUUACCAUAUAGAGGAGGGAGAGGAGUUGUUCUACCAGCUGAAGGGGGACAUGUGCCUGAAAGUGAUUGAAAACGGCAAACACAAAGAUGUGCACAUCAAGGAGGGAGAGAUGUUUCUGCUGCCUGCUCGGAUCCCUCAUUCCCCCCAGAGACAGGCCAACACUGUAGGACUGGUGGUGGAGAGGAGACGGCUUCUGACAGAGACCGACUGCCUGAGGUACUAUGUGGACAACACUACUGACAUCCUGUUCGAGAAAUGGUUCUACUGCCAGAAUCUAGGAACUCAACUGGUGCCAGUAAUUAAAGAGUUCAUGGCGUCUAAGCAGUGCAAAACAGGAAAACCUGAUCCAAAUGAAGUCUUCAGAGAGCCUCCAUUCCAGUUUAAUACCAUGAACGUGAUGUCACCCUUCUCCUUCAAAGACUGGCUGGAAAAGCAAAGGCCGUCCCUGGGUAAUGGAAAGUCUGUCAACAUGUUCGGAGCUCAGUUUGAAACAGAGGCAACAGUGUUCGGACCUGGAUUGACAGAGACGUCAGUGCGACAAAGUGAUGUGUGGAUUUGGCAAAUGGAGGGAUCGUCAAGAGUAACUCUGAAUGAGCAGGAGUUUACCCUUUCUGCAGGGGACAGUUUGCUUGUUCCUGAGCAGAGCCAAUAUGAGUGGCAGAGAGAUGAGGGGACUGUCGCCUUGUGUGUGGUUCAAAACCCAGAGCGGAAGAGACCCUAACCAUCAACUGCCAAUUCACACAAAUACAGCAGACUCUCGUGAAGAUAUAGCUCAUGUGUACUCCUAUUCUUCACAAAGAGCUCUAUCGGUCAGUAAACAGUACGUUGUGUAUCAUUGUCACAUACAAUAAGCUGUGUAAACUCCGUUAAGUUUUGUUUUUUGGUAAUGGAAAUGAUUAUUAACCCCUUUCAGCAUUAUUGGCUAGAAGACACUACAGAAACUGAAACUGCACUCACAUUCAUUUUGCCACUGCGUGUAAUUUUAUAUUUGCGUUAAGAGAGAACUAAUAAAGAUAUAUCUUAAGAAAUGAAA